AUGGAUGAUAUAGACCAAUCAGAAAUAUAUGAUCCUUUCGUAAAUUCAUUCAGUCAAGUUGGUUCUGUUAUUGAUCAUCCUUUGUUCUUGCAAAGUGAGAUACAAGGCUGCCUUGAUGUUGGUGACCCUAACUAUGAAUGUUCAAUUUGUGGCGCGUGUUUCUGGUUAUUAGAACGUGUUGAAAGAGAUUCUACAGUUAAUCAUCCUAUUUUUACUGUUUGUUACUCAAAGGGAAAAAUUCAGUUACCUUAUCUCCAAAGGCCCCCAGAUCUGUUGUAUAAUUUGAUCAAUGGAGAUGAUAGCAAGAGUUUGUAUUUCCAAAAAAAUAUUCAAUCUUAUAAUAGUAUGUUUGCCUUCACGUCUCUUGGCGGUAAGGUAUUGGAUUCAGUGAAUGAUGGGAGGGGUCCACCGCAGUUUAUAAUAAGUGGUCAAAAUUAUCAUCGGAUUGGAAGUUUGCUCCCAAAUGCUGGUGAGAAGCCUAAAUUUGCGCAAUUAUACAUAUACGACACUCAGCAUGAGAUAAUGCAUAGGCAGCAAAUCUUUGGGCAAACAUCUGAGAUAGAUAAAGAAUUGAUAACUGAGUUGUUGCAAAUGAUCGAUACUCAUAAUGUCAUAGCACAGUCAUUUCGAAGAGUUAGAGAAUUCUAUCAGUGUCAUCCAUCUGAGAUUUUCUCAUUGAAGUUGUAUUUGCAACGGAACGUUGAUCGAAGAAUGUACAGUGCUCCCUCUUGCGAUGAAGUUGCUGCUUUAAUUGUUGGCGAUUUUGAUUCGUCGGACCAUGAUCGUGACAUUAUUGUUCGAUCUACUGCUGGUCAGUUGCAACGUAUAUAUGAAACUCAUGCUCUAUAUUGGCCCUUACAGUAUCCUCUGUUGUUUCCAUAUGGUGAGGAUGGUUAUCAGUUGAAUAUUGGUUAUCAGAUUAGGGAGCAUGAAGAUGGAAUUAUUCACAAGUGUAGGUGGUUGUUUCAACAAUUUGUUGUUGAUUGUUUCACGAUGAUUGAGUCCCAGAGGUUGUAUGACAUUAGAAUGAAGCAAAGUACAAUUAGAGGAGAAGUUCUUCAAGGAAUAGAGGAGGCUAUGUGUCGUGGUGAUGAUGAGGCUUCUUCAAUUGGGACACGAAUUAUUUUGCCUUCCUCCUUCACUGGUGGUAGACGUUAUAUGUUUAACCGUUGUCAGGAUGCCAUGGCAAUUUGUAAACAUUUUGGCUAUCCAGAUUUAUUCCUCACUAUUACAUGUAAUCCAAAUUGGCCUGAAUUCCAGCGGUUCACAGAGCGAGAGCGAAUUCCCAUCGCUGAUCGUCCUGAUAUCUCUUGUCGUAUUUUUCAUGCCAAGUUGAAGUACCUCCUUAGCGAUCUCAAGGAAGGUGUGUUUUUUGGUCCACUUAAAACAGGUAUGUAUACUAUUGAGUUCCAAAAAAGAGGUCUACCUCAUGCACACAUGUUACUCUGGCUUAAUGGAGAAAGCAACUUACAAAGUGUCAAAAUUGUUGAUGAAUUCAUUUGUGCCGAGCAACCCAAUGCACAGAAAUUUCCAUCUCUUUAUAAUGUCGUCACCAAGUACAUGAUCCAUGGUCCUUGUGGUGCACUUAGACCGAGUUCUCCUUGCAUGAAAGAUGGUAAGUGCCCAAAAUUUUAUCCAAAAAGAUUCGUUGACCAAACGAGUUUUGAUGAAGAUGGGUAUCCAAUAUAUAGACGUCGUAAUAUGGGUGUGACGGUGAAAAUCAACGAUGUCGAUAUUGACAACAGAUUUGUUGUGCCAUAUAAUCCACUGUUGUUAAUGAAAUAUCAAGCUCACAUAAAUCUUGAGUUUUGUAACAAGUCAAAUGUCAUUAAGUAUCUUUUUAAGUAUGUUAAUAAGGGUCCGGAUCGGGUGACUGCAACUGUUGGAGAAAGAUAUGAUGUUGGUGAAUCUUCUCUGGUGGUUGAUGAGAUCAAACAGUAUUAUGAUUGUCGUUAUUUUUCACCUUCUGAAUCCAUGUGGAGAAUUUUUGCUUACGAUAUUCAUCAAAGAUGGCCGUCGGUACAGAGGUUGACUUUUCACUUGCCAAACCAGCAACAUGUUGUAUUCGAUGAUGCUGAUAGCACUACUCAUGUUUAUUUGCGCAACAAAGAUUUGCUUACGAUGUUUACGGGUUGGAUGAUGGCCAACAGGCGGUUCACGGAGGGGCGGUCUCUAACAUAUGUUGAAUAUCCAGGUAAAUUUGUAUACUGUUUGAAGAGCAGGGAGUGGAAACCAAGACAGAGGGGAUUCUCUAUUGGAAGACUGAGUUUCGCUCAUCCCUCAUCCGAUGAAAUUUUCUACAUGCGGAUGCCUUUGAAUGUGCAGAGAGGUUGUACCAGUUUUCGAAGUAUAAGAACUGUGAAUGGUGUUACUUAUGAUACAUUUCAAGAGGCAUGUUCUGCCAUGGGUUUCUUGAUAGAUGAUAACGAGUAUGUUUCUGCUAUCAAGGAAGUCGCCGAGUUAGCGUCAGCUGCACAGUUAAGGAGGCUUUUGUGA